AUUAUUUUCAUGGUGGUUUACGUGAUGAAGAAAGAGAAAUGGCAAUAAAUAAUUGGAAAUCUGAUUAUACACAAAUAAUGAUUGCAACAUCUGCUUUUGGAAUGGGAAUUAAUUCAAAUAACAUAAGUGUG